UGAGUGUUGACAUACUGUGACAUACUCAGAAUCAAAGCCAUGGAAGAGACGGCGGAGGAUGCCGUGGAUAUCCCAGUUGGCACUGAGACUGCUGGAGGGUCAGAGCCAUCACAGGCGGAAGAGCCUGGCACUGAAGAGCCCGAAGCAGGUGACGGCGAAGCGGAGGAGGCCAAAGAGCCGGUGGAACCGCCUGACGAAGAGCUGAGUGGAGCCGGCGAGGCUCCAGCGUCUGAGGUCGCACAGCCCGAGUCGGCUGGUGCUACGACCUUUCAUUGGCCACCAGAAUUGCCAGCUGCAGAUCUUCAAGAACUUCAAGGCCAACCACCUCAAUCUGCAUGGCCAUGGGUUGGCUCUGCACCUUCAGAGUUUAAAGUCUGGGACGAUUUCCGGACAGCCUUCAAGCAGUACAUGGUUCACCUUGCUGGUGAAGCACUCCAAAACGCGACACCCGAGUUGGACCCGCGCCAGCGGCAAUUCGCCGCGGCGGCGCUCGGCGGCCAUGGCAGCGGCAAGGUUUGCUUCAAUUACCUGAACAAUGCUUGCACUCGUGGGGGACGUUGCGUGGACCAGCACCCUCCUCGCUCGCAGUGGGAGAGCCUUCGGCAAGAGCUCAAGCGAAAGUCCAGUGCAAUGGAGGGUGCUUGAGCGGAGCCCAAAGGAGAAAAGUGCU